GGUUGCCAUGGUGACGUGGUCCAGCUCGAGUUUGUUCUAGCAACCAUGGAGCAUCCUGCAUCCUCACCCUGCUCAGAGGCGGCAACGAAGGCCUUUGGGCACCUGCGGGGAGUAGCAAAACAGCUUCAAAAUGAAGGGCUUGUAUUCAACAAGCAAACUGUGCAGCACCUUGAAGAUGCCAUUAAAGCCGUUAAGGACCUGGAAGAAGACAGAAAGCACACAAUUGAAUUGUGGGAAGAGGAGACCAUAAAAAACUGCAAUCUCCGUAUCAGAAUCAAAGGAGUUCCAGAUAUGGUCAUGAAAGAAUUCAAAGAACUUGUGUCUGCUGCCCGCCGAUUUCAUUCUUACAGAUUAGGUGAACUAAAGACUUCCAUUAACGAAACUAUCACUGCAGUGGAAUCACAAUAUUCAAGGCAGAAAGUAUCUGAAGAAGAAAAUGUUACAUUAUGCGAGGAGGAAGCAGAGCUGUGGGCCAAGCACCAAGGUGUGAUUUCCUUAGUGAACAGGCAAUUGUCAGAAAAACAUACUGCCAAUAUUGAGUUAAAUCAUCUUUACAAUCUCCAAAGAGAAGAAGAGGAAGAAAUUGUCAGACGAGAGAGUGCCAUCCUAGAACUGAAGAAAAUAAUGGUGGCCGAAGCCAUUGAAUUUAAGGAGAAAAAAGAGGUGCUAGAUACACGGAUUGCAGAUCUUCAAAAGCUACUUGAUGCCAAGAGGCUUCAAAAUGCAAGCAAGAGGGAUGAAUACCAUCGAUUGCUUCCAGAAAUGGAAGAUCUUGAGAAGAAAACUGCAGAGCAUAAGAAGACCAUCAGUGAUCUGAGGGCUGAGCUGGGAGAGCUUUUCAAAAAAGUUAAACUACAAAUACAGGAAUUUCAGGAGAACAAAGCUAAAAAAGAAGACCUCCUCAAAAAGAAGAUGGAUCUCCAGAUCAAAACAGCUUCAUUGCAUGAUGUAUUCAAUCAAGAAAGAGAAGAUCUGCUACAGAAGAUACUGCUGGCUGAGGAGCAGCUGGAACUGGCAAACCGAUGCUUUGAAAAGCUGAAAAGCGAAAAUGAGCUCUAUAAUACACAGUUGCAAGCAUAUGUUACUGAAGAAGAACAUUACUGUCAGGAAAGAGACAAGCUUAAUCAAGACCUUGAAUAUUUAUCCAACAUGCUUACUGAAAAGCUCGACUGUAUAGCCAGGCGGUUCAUGGAGACAAGAAGUCUAGAAGAGGAGAUGGAAAGACUACAGGAAAUAUAUGAAUCCUCGCAGAAUACCUAUGCAAAUGAGAUAUCAAAUCUGGAGAUUACAUUACAGAGAGAAGGGGAGAGAAGGAAAAAGUUGCAGGAUCAACUAGAAGAAAUUAGCGCACUGUAUCAGAAGCUGAUGGCUGAACACGAGGCAUUACUGAAAAGUUCAAAGGAUGAAGGUGGAGCUGUUAAACAACAGCUGAGUCUCUUAACCUCACAGAAUGAAGAGCUUGACAAAGAAAUAAAGAAGUAUGAAGAAACAAUGAAACAUCUCACUGCCAAGCUAAGCAAAAAAGAAGCAGAGUAUAAGAAACGUGAUGCCAACUUGGAGAAAGAGAUCCAGAACCUUGAGGCAUUAUAUCACUCCAAACUGAAACGGCUACUAGAAAUGAAGGAGGAGCUAGAACAGAAUCUCCCGCUGGAAGAAGAACUGGCAUCAGAAUGUGAGAGAAGAAACACUGUUUACACUGCUAAACAGGAUUUGUGUAAAGAAUUGCAAGAAGAAGAACGCAUGCUUAAAAAGGCCAUUGAGAAGUCCAUAAAGGAGAUCGGCAAACUCAAACGACAAAGGUUUCAGGCAAAGAAUGAAAUCAAGAAGAACAGGGAGAUGACGGUCGAACUGCAAAAACGGUUCACAAUCUCUCUGAAGUAUAUUGAGAGGGACAACUAUGAGAUAAGCAGACAGCUCUACCUUUUGAAUGGAGAAAAUGCCAGGUUAAGAGCAGGCAUUGCAUAUUUCAAAGAAGAUAUUUCCACAAUGGAAAAGGAGAUAAAAGUCUAUCAGUCGGAGAGACAAAACAUCUACAAAAAUAGAAGAGAACUUUACAAUUAUUUCAUCAAAAAAUGGAUAAAAGACGAGAAUCUUCACAAGGUACGUUUUGACUUGGAAAUUCAAACUUUUCAGAGCACAUUUGUCAAAGAACCUCUGUUGUGAUCCAACUCAUAGCAGCAGUAUUUCUCAUUCAGCUAGUCAAAUGUGUUCUGGCACAGCUGUACCAGGAGCUCCAAUUUUGUUUGCUUUGCAUUGAAUGUUUGUUUGUAGUCCUAAGUUUCAGGGACUCUGCAGAUAGGUGGCUUCUUUUGGCUGCAGUCAUAGGGCAAGCCACCUGUCAAUUAUCAUUGGGUUCCCUAGUUCUGCCCCCUUUUUGGGCUUUGGAAGGGAAAUGAGCCAUUUUGUUAGUUAGUCUC